UGACAUAUUCCAUCACAGAAUGGAAGGUGUCUUAGCAGCCAUGAUAGGAGUUCGCCUUUACAUGCUGCCAGAUGGUUCUCCAUGGACUUUGGAACUCUUUGUCCACAACAAUUGGCAGGCUUGCUGUCAGGCUGCCCAGGAACUCAAUAGCCGGAGCCGUGUUGUCGAGGAUGCUGUACUCGAAUUGAUCGAGCUGGUCCUAGCAGGGGUUGAAGGAGGUCAGCCGGGUCAGGGCGUUCUUGAUUUCCUGACCCUGGAUGACCUAGAUGACGGAGGAGACCUCGACGACUCACGUUCGGUCUCGUCGGGGGGCGGUUCGUCCAGGCGAAGCCCUGUCCCACCAGGAGAAGGAGGCCCUUUUUCGACCAUGCUAGAUCUCCCUGCGAAACCUCUGACACCUCAAGAAAAAGCCGUCAAAAAGAAGAGAGAAAUGCGGGAUAAGGUCGAGUCUGCUGCGAGGGACUUACGUAAAACUUAUCACCGUCGAGUUCUAGAUGUCUUGAUUAAAUCUGUCCGCUGUGCUCUAGACUCCAUUCGCAAGCACACCUCAAUUGUUGUGAAUAGACAGAAAGGCGAAUCCAGUAGGCAGCCCCGUAUCCAACUGAACGAAGAGGAGGUUGGAGUCCCCCUUAUGGAACUAUACGCCUCCCUUGUGUCUCCCGGGGUCCAGGUCACUCCUACCCUGGAUGCCGUCCAGGAGGCACUCAACAAAGUUUCGAAAAUCAUACUGUCGACAGCCAAGGGAGUUUCCCAGUGGGUGCGAUGCAGCAAAGAAGAGGGUGGCGAGAGUCAGGAUGAUACCGAGGGUCCUUCCGAGCGACGAAGGACUUGGAAGACCCGGGAGGAGGUGCUGGAGGUGCCCUCCAUGAGGAAGAAUUACUACAAGAAUGUGUACGAAAGCAAGGACGUGUCGAAGGUCAUGAGCCAAAUGCCCAAUUCCUUCCAGUCCACCAGGGGUGAAAUCCAUAACACUUUUGGUGCCUGGGAAAAAUACCACCACCUCUGGAGACUCGAUAAGGAAACGGCGAUCAAGGAGUUUAUCAGCAGCGGGCCAACGCUUCAGGAUUACGAUAAACUCCUCAAGGGUUACGUCGAGCUGGACAAGAAGAUAAGGGCUGAACCGGGACGAUACCGCGUCGGGGCAUUCUUGGUUAAUACAGAUAACCUGAAGAAGGCUCUGGCCGCUGAGGCAAAACUCUGGGUGGAGAAGUACGGGGAGGCUCUGAAGACCACCCACAUGAAGGAGAUGGAACGGCUCUUCGCCCAGAUCAACGAACUCUCCCGUCGUCUCGAACGACCCCUGAAGGACCUGGACGACAUCAAAUGCGCCAUUGAUAUCCUUCGGAAGACUAGGGACCUGGAGCUAGACAUGGACGAUGCCAUAGAUCCGAUAGAGGAAUCCUUUGGUCUACUGGUUAAGUACGAGUUUGGUCUGACGCAGGAAGAGGCUGAACGAGUGGACAGCCUCCGAUCCACCUGGACUAAAGUUCUUGGCCAAGCGGUUGAGGUACAGAACAUGUUGUCUCGAGUCCAACCUUACUUCAGGAAUGAGCUUAUCCACAAUGUUGCCCAGUUCAAGAAAGACUGCAACAAGUUCGUCCACGAUUAUAGGACGCAAGGGCCAAUGGUACCUGGUUUGGCACCUCAGGACGCUUCUGAUAGACUCAUUAUCUCACAGAAUCGGUUUGACACUCUGUGGAGGAAGCACUCCAGCUACUCCGUUGGAGAGGAGCUCUUCCGACUCCCGCGCUCCGAAUUCCCGGAGCUGGGACAGAUACGCAAAGAGCUUAACUUACUCCAGAAGCUCUACAAGCUUUACAAUGAUGUUAUCGAUCGAGUGGCGUCGUACUAUGACAUCCCGUGGGGCGAAGUCAACAUAGAGGAGAUCAACAACGAACUCAUGGAAUUCCAAAAUAGAUGUCGAAAACUCCCCAAGGGUCUGAAGGAGUGGCCAGCGUUCAACACCCUCAAGAAGACCAUUGAUGAUUUCAACGACAUGUGUCCCUUGCUGGAGCUCAUGUCUAAUAAAGCCAUGAAACCCAGACAUUGGCAGCGAAUAGCCGAAGUCAUCAACCGUCCUUUGGAGGUAGACAGUCCGAACUUCUGUCUGAAAAAUAUCAUGGACACUCCUCUGCUCCAGUACAAGGAGGACAUAGAGGAUAUCUGCAUAUCAGCUGUCAAAGAAAAAGAUAUUGAGGCAAAGCUACGAAUCGUAACGAAUGAAUGGGCUAGUCACGACUUGACCUUCUCCACCUUCAAGAACAGAGGGGAAUUGCUUCUUAGAGGAGAUACCACUGCAGAAGUCAUUGCACAGCUGGAAGACUCACUGAUGGUUUUGGGUUCACUCCUUUCAAACAGAUACAAUGCUCCGUUCCGCAAACAAAUCCAGAAAUGGGUCAGUGAUCUUUCCAACACCAACGAAAUUCUAGAACGGUGGCUCUUCGUCCAGAAUCUUUGGGUUUAUCUGGAAGCUGUGUUCGUUGGAGGUGACAUCGCCAAGCAACUUCCAAAGGAGGCAAAGAGGUUCUACGUCAUAGACAAAAACUGGCAGAAAAUAAUGGCAAGAGCCCACGAUAACCCAAAUGUUGUGACUUGCUGUGUUGGAGACGAUAUGCUCAAGCAGUUAUUACCUUACUUACAAGAUCAGCUGGAAGUCUGUCAGAAAAGUCUCACUGGAUACUUGGAGAAGAAGCGGUUGAUGUUCCCGCGUUUCUUCUUCGUGUCCGAUCCAGCUCUGCUUGAAAUCCUGGGGCAGGCCUCAGAUUCUCACACAAUCCAAGCACAUCUGAUGUCCAUCUUUGACAACACGAAGAAUGUGCGUUUCCACGAACAGGAUUACGACCGCAUUACGGCCAUCUCUUCAUCUGAGGGAGAAAUUGUGCAGCUCGAGAAGCCAACGAGAGCUGAAGGCAGCGUCGAGGUCUGGCUGAACAAGCUGUUGCUCAUGUGCCAGCAGUCUGUCCACGGCAUCAUAAGACAAGCACAUCACGUCAUCCAGGAUCCUGACCUGAAUGUUCUUCGCUUCUUAGAACAGUUUCCUGCACAGGUGGGUAUCUUAGGACUGCAAAUGAUCUGGACCCGUGAUUCAGAAAUGGCUCUCCAACAAGCCAGAGCAGACAGAAGAGUGAUGCCCGACAUGAAUAACCGAUUCCUGGAUCUGCUGAAUUUACUCAUCAACCAAACGACAAGGGAUCUAGAGCCUGUUCAGCGCACGAAAUACGAGACCCUCAUCACCAUUCAUAUCCAUCAGAGGGACAUUUUUGAUAGCCUGUGUCGUAACAACGUUCGGUCUGCGAUGGACUUUGACUGGCUUCGUCAGAUCAGAAUUUACUUCAGGGAAGACAUCGACAAGACAAACAUCGUCCUCACUGACGUCACCUUCCAGUAUCAGAAUGAAUUUGUGGGCUGCACGGAGCGUCUGGUGAUCACCCCGCUUACUGACAGGUGUUACAUUACGCUUGCGCAGGCCCUAGCCAUGAGCAUGGGGGCUUGCCCCACGGGUCCUGCAGGAACGGGGAAAACGGAGACGACGAAGGACAUGGGGAAGACCCUCGGGAAAUAUGUCGUUGUCUUCAACUGCUCCGACCAGAUGGAUUACAGGGGGCUCGGGAGGAUCUUCAAAGGCCUUGCUCAGUCAGGAUCAUGGGGUUGCUUCGACGAGUUCAACCGGAUCGAGCUUCCGGUGCUGUCGGUGGCGGCUCAGCAGAUCGCCGUCGUACACCACUGCAAGAAGGAACGUAGGAAGACCUUCAACUUUACCGACGGCGACGUCGUCAACAUGAACACCGAGUUCGGAAUCUUCCUCACCAUGAACCUGGGCUACCACGGCCGUCAAGAACUCCCCGAAAAUUUGAAGAUCCAGUUCCGGAACGUCGCCAUGAUGGUUCCAGACAGACAGAUCAUCAUUCGAGUCAAACUCGCCUCUUGUGGCUUCCUGGAAAACAUCACGCUAGCUCGCAAGUUCUUCACGCUUUACAAGUUGUGCGAGGAACAACUCACAAAACAGGUACACUACGAUUUUGGACUACGCAACAUCCUGUCGGUCCUUCGCACAUUAGGAGCAGCCAAGCGAGCUAAUCCGAAGGACUCGGAAUCAACUAUUGUUAUGAGGGUCUUGAGGGACAUGAACCUCUCAAAACUUGUAGACCAGGACGAGCCGCUGUUCAUGUCGCUGAUUGACGACCUCUUCCCAAACAUGCCGCAAGAGAAGGGUUAUUACAGUCACCUCACCACCAACAUCUCCGAGGUCGUCGCCGAGAUGGGGCUGUUGAACCAUCCACCUUGGCAGCUGAAACUUGUCCAGCUUUACGAGACUCAGAGGGUGAGACACGGCAUGAUGACGCUGGGACCCAGCGGCGCAGGAAAGACAACCUGUAUCCACGUCCUCAUGAAGGCUCUUACCAAGAUGGGGCAGCCCCACAGGGAGAUGCGAAUGAACCCGAAGGCCAUCACCUCUGCCCAGAUGUUCGGGAGGUUGGACGUCGCCACCAACGAUUGGACAGACGGUAUCUUCUCCACCCUGUGGAGGAAGACUCUCAAAGCCAAGAAAGGCGAGCACAUAUGGCUGGUCCUGGACGGUCCGGUGGACGCCAUCUGGAUAGAAAAUCUGAACUCCGUCUUGGAUGACAACAAAACGUUGACCUUGGCUAAUGGGGACAGGAUCCCAAUGUCUCCAGCUUGCAAAGUCAUCUUUGAGCCGUCGAACAUCGACAAUGCCUCUCCUGCUACCGUAUCGCGAAAUGGAAUGGUCUACAUGAGCUCGUCCGGUCUGGACUGGCAGCCGCUCCUGCAGUCGUGGUUGAGAACUCGGCCGAGCUACGAGCAGCCUGUCAUGAGCGAGCUCUUCAGCAACCACUUCCUAUCGCUUUUCACCUGGGUGAAGCAAAACCUCCAGCUGUGCUUGCCUAUACUGCAAGUGAACGUCAUCACUCAGGCCCUUAAGCUUCUCGAAGGCCAGCUGCCGGAUGCUGAGGAGGGCGGAGACGAGAAUAUCCCGCAACGGCGUCACCGUCGCACGUCCGCUUGGGGAGGCGGCGAAGGGGGCGGCGCCCAGACCCCCUCUGAUACGUACAACACCCUCACGCCCACAGAGACGCCCCGUUCUCUGACGGAGGAAGAUGACGCCACGCCGGCUACGCGUUUACUCGAGGGACUACUUCCCGAAGAGCAGCAACCGCAGCACACCCACAGCCGCAAUCGAGAGCCCGAUCCUGACGCGGAGGAGGUACCUAGCCAGCAAGCUCCUGUCACGGAGCACAUUCAGCGACUCUUCGUGUUCGCCAUGCUAUGGAGCCUAGGAGCGUUCUUGGAGCUCGCCGAGAGAGCCAAGUUGGAGGAGUACAUUCGCACCGAGCACUCCAAGCUCGAUCUUCCGUCGAAGAAUUCAAGCGAAACCUCGUCCAUGUUCGAUUUCAGGAUUGACGAAAACGGUUAUUGGCAACACUGGUCCGCGAGAGUGGCUGAGUUUGUCUAUCCAGAUUCUGGCACCCCUGAUUACACAUCCAUUUUGGUCCCUAAUGUGGAUAACGUCAGAAUGGAUUUUCUCAUCCACGUCGUCUCAAAGCAAGGAAAGGCUGUUCUUAUCAUCGGGGAACCGGGAUCUGCCAAAACAGUCACCAUCAACGCUUACAUGAAGAAGUACAACGCCGAGGAGCACCUGUGUCGCAAUUUCAAUUUCUCUUCGGCCUCUACCCCUCUCUACUUCCAGAGAACGAUGGAGGGUUAUGUUGACAAGCGUAUGGGCAGCACCUUUGGGCCUCCAGCUGGUAAAAGAAUGACCGUAUUCAUAGAUGACCUCAACAUGCCCCAUAUAAAUGACUGGGGUGACCAGCCAACGAACGAAAUACUACGACAGACGAUGGAAAUGGGUGGAUUCUACAGCUUAGAGAAACCGGGUGAUUUCACACACAUCGUUGAUAUCCAGUUUUUGGCGGCCAUGGGCCAUCCAGGUGGAGGUCGUAAUGACAUCCCCUCCCGCCUCAAGAGACACUUCUGCAUCUUCAACUCGACCAUUCCGUCUGAACAUUCCAUCAAUAAGAUCUUCGGGGUCAUCGCCAGAGGUCACUUCAGUACAAAGAGAGGCUUCACGACGGAGGUUCGCGAUAUGAUCGAGAAGCUUGUGCCUCUGACCAGAAAACUCUGGGCUCAUACGAAGAGCAGCCUGCUCCCAACUCCAGCCAAAUUCCAUUACGUAUUUAACUUGCGCGAUUUGUCACGCAUCUGGCAAGGAAUGCUUGGUGCCGCCUCCAAUGUAGUGACGUCGGCGAACACUCUCCUGGCUCUGUGGAAACACGAGUUUUGCCGAGUCAUAGCUGACAGAUUUACGUCGCCCAAAGAUAUCAAAUGGUUUGAGGAUGUUUUGAUCAAUGAGGCGCAGACUGAGCUCGGAGCCGCGCAGACGAAGCAUAUUCUUAAGAACCACUUUUUCGUCGAUUUCCUCAGGGAUGCUCCAGAACCGACGGGCGACGAAGGGGAGGACCUCGACAUGGAAAUGCCCAAAGUGUACGAACCGAUCGCGUCCUUCCAAAACCUGGAGGAGAGGCUGCAGAUGUUCCUCUCCCAGUAUAACGAAAUGGUGCGAGGCGCCGGGAUGGAUCUGGUGUUCUUCCAGGAUGCUAUGAUCCAUUUGAUUAGGAUUUCACGGAUUAUCCGCAACCCCGGUGGGAAUGCUCUGCUAGUAGGCGUUGGAGGAUCAGGCAAGCAGUCCUUGACAAAACUGGCUUCCUUUAUUGCUGGGUACAAAACAUUCCAGAUCACCCUAACAAGGUCCUACAACACCGCAAACCUUCUGGAGGACCUGAAAGUCUUGUAUCGUACCUGUGGUAUACAAGGAAAGGGUACAACGUUCAUAUUCACAGAUCAAGAAGUUAAGGAAGAAGGGUUCCUUGAGUAUUUGAAUAAUGUCUUAUCUUCCGGUAUGGUCAGCAACUUGUUCAACAGAGACGAGCAGGGAGAAAUCAUAAGUGAGUUGAUUCCAGUCAUGAAGAGAGAGCACCCAAGACGACCUCCAACACCCGAAAACGUGAUGGAUUUCUUCCUCACAAGGACGCGUCAGAACCUCCACGUUGUUCUAUGCUUCUCUCCAAUUGGUGAGAAAUUCCGAAAUCGAGCAAUGAAGUUCCCCGGUCUAAUCAGCGGUUGUACCAUCGACUGGUUCCAACCGUGGCCGAAAGAGGCGUUGGUAGCGGUUGCCCACCACUUCUUGGAGAGCUUCGAAAUCAUUAGCACUAAGGAGGCCAAAUUGGGUCUAGUCAGAUGCAUGGGUGCUAUACACGACCAUGUAGCACAACUCUGCGCCGAUUACUUCCAAAGGUACCGUCGUUCAGCACACGUCACUCCCAAGUCUUUCCUCUCCUUCAUCAGCAUUUACAAGAAAGUGUACAGUGAGAAGAAAGAAGACAUCGGAGAGUCUGCCACCCGCAUGACGUCAGGUCUCGACAAACUGCAGGAGGCAUCCCGGGAGGUGGAGCGCCUCAGGGAGGAGUUGUUUGUCAUGGAGGAGGAGUUGGCUGUGGCAUCAGAAAAGGCUGAUAAGAUUCUGGUAGAAGUUACCCGCAGUGCAGAAGAGGCAGAAACUAUUAAGGAAGAAGUUGAAAAAGUGCGCGACAAAGCUCAGGCCCUCGUGGAUGACAUUGCUAAAGACAAGAUGCUAGCUGAGGAGAAGCUGGAAGCUGCUCGUCCUGCUCUAGAAGAGGCCGAGGAAGCUCUCAACACCAUAAAACCAGCUCAUAUUGCAACCAUUCGGAAGCUGGGUCGACCACCACAUCUUAUCAUGAGGAUCAUGGACUGCGUUUUAUUACUCUUUCAACGUCGCCUCCAGCCUGUGAAGCCCGAUGGCGUAUUACCCUGUCCAAAACCAUCCUGGCCAGAUAGUCUUAAGAUGAUGGCAAGCACCACAUUUCUGCUUUCUCUGCAGAACUUUCCUAAGGAUACGAUCAAUGAUGAAGUUGUGGAACUCCUUGAACCAUAUUUUGAUAUGGAAGAUUAUGACAUGGACACUGCUAAGAGGGUGUGCGGUGACGUGGCUGGUCUUCUGUCGUGGACCCGCGCUAUGGCCUUCUUUUUCGGUGUCAACAAGGAGGUUUUACCUCUAAAGUCCAACUUAGCUCUGCAAGAAGCUCGCCUGAGGGUUGCUAUGGGUGAUCUAGAAAGAGCACAGGCGGAGUUGGAUGACAAGCAACGUCAGUUGGACAUCGUCCGAGGUCAGUAUCAAGCAGCUUUAGCUGAAAAGCAGAAGCUCAUUGAUGCAGCUAAUAUCUGCAGGCGGAAAAUGCAGGCUGCAGCCACUCUCAUCAACGGCCUUGCUGGAGAGAAGGUCCGAUGGACUCAGCAAAGUAAAGCCUUUCGUCAGCAACUGGGUCGACUUGUAGGAGACGUCCUGACGACAACAGCCUUCCUGUCAUACGCCGGACCUUUCAAUCAAGAGUACAGGACUAGAAUGACGGAUUCGUGGACGUCAUUCCUCAAUAAUCACAAAAUUCCGUACACACUUGAAUUGGAUAUAACGACGUGGCUCGUGGACAACGCCACAGUUUCUGAAUGGAAUCUCCAGGGUCUUCCCAACGAUGAGCUGAGUAUCCAGAAUGGCCUCAUCGUCACCAAAGCGUCCUGUUACCCUCUUCUGAUUGACCCGCAAGGACAAGGAAAGAUCUGGAUCAAGAACAGGGAAUCACAAAAUGAGCUUCAGAUAACCUCCCUCAACCACAAAUAUUUCCGAACUCAUCUCGAAGAUUCCCUGUCUCUGGGACGUCCGAUGUUGAUCGAGGAUGUUGAGGAGGAACUGGACCCAGUCCUCGAUAACUUACUUGAUAGGAACUUCAUUAAGUCUGGAUCGAUUCUGAAGGUACUCGUUGGAGAUAAGGAAUGUGAUAUCAUGCCUGGUUUUAUGUUGUACAUAACUACGAAACUCCCAAACCCUGCUUAUACACCUGAAGUUUCUGCCAAAACAGCCAUCAUAGACUUUACAGUGACGGUUCACGGUCUGGAAGAUCAACUACUAGGUCGUGUAAUCCGAACUGAGAAGAGUGAGCUGGAACAAGAACGUGUGGCCCUCAUCGAAGAGGUAAUGGAGAACAAGAGACGAAUGAAGGAACUGGAAGAUAACCUCCUAUUCCGUCUAACGUCUGUUCAGGGAUCACUGGUGGACGACGAGGAUCUGAUCAUGGUCCUGCAAGAUACUAAGUCUACGGCUCAGGACGUCAGCACGAAGCUGCGCAUCGCGUCCGAGACCGAAAAGAAGAUAAACGGGGCGAGAGAAGAAUAUCGCCCUGUGGCAACUCGAGGAUCCAUCCUAUAUUUCCUCAUCACGGAGAUGUCAGUUGUCAAUUGCAUGUAUCAGACGUCUCUCAGGCAGUUUCUGGUCAUGUUUGAUAUGUCUAUGAACAGGUCAGAGCGAAGCAACUCGCCGAAGAAUCGCAUUUGCAACAUCAUCCGCUUCCUGACGAACCAGGUGUGGAAGAACGCCUGCCGGGGUUUCUACGAGAGGCAUAAAUUCCUCUUCACCCUCCUCUUGGCCAUGAAGAUCGACAUGCAGAGCGGGGACAUCAGUCAUGAUGAGUUCAUGAAGUUCAUCAAAGGAGGUGCUUCCCUGGACCUAAAGACAGUGCAGCCGAAACCCUUCAGGUGGAUCUUGGACAUCACUUGGCUCAACCUGGUGGAACUCUGCAAACUUCCCCAGUUCAUCAACAUCCUGGAACAAAUCACGGAUAACGAGAAGGACUGGAAGAUGUGGUUCGAAAAAGAUAAGCCAGAAGAGGAAGAGCUUCCUUGUGGGUACUCGAAAAUCUUGGAUAUGUUCCGUCAGUUACUACUUAUACGUUCAUGGUGUCCAGACAGAACCAUUUCCCAGGCUCGGAGAUAUAUUCGAAGUUCACUUGGUGAGCAAUAUGCAGACAGUGUCAUCUUAGACCUGGAAAGCACCCUGGAAGAAUCUGACAGUAGAACUCCCCUCGUCUGCCUCUUGUCCCAAGGGGCUGAUCCCACGGCACAAAUCGAAGUUCUGGCAAAAACUAAAGAGAUGGAGAUGAAAUCCAUCUCAAUGGGUCAGGGCCAGGAAUCGCACGCCAGACGACUUCUCUCGGAAUCCAUGACAGCAGGCCGGUGGCUCCUUCUCCAGAACUGCCACCUGAGUCUGGAUUUCUGUCAGGAGAUGCUGGACGCCGUCACCGAUUUCGGGAACGUACACAAAGGCUUCAGACUCUGGAUCACAACAGAGGUUCAUCCACUUUUCCCCAUCGGACUCUUGCAGAUUUCUGUCAAGUUCACUAAUGAACCUCCACAAGGAAUACGAGCGAGUUUGAAGAGAACUUACGCUGAAAUCUCCCAGGACUUACUGGACUACUCAAAUGCUCACCAAUGGCCCCGGCUCUUGUACGCCACAGCGUUCCUUCACACCGUGGUCCUGGAACGCAGAAAAUACGGUUCUCUGGGCUGGAAUAUACCUUAUGAGUUCAAUCAGGCAGAUUUCCAGGCGUCUGUCCAGUUCAUUCAAAACCAUCUUGAUGACAUGGACCCUAAAAAGGGCGUUUCGUGGGUCACGGUUUGUUAUAUGCUGGGUGAGAUCCAGUAUGGUGGAAGGGUUACGGAGGAUUUCGACAAGAGAUUGCUCCUCACUUUCCUGCACGUUUGGUUCAAUGAACGACUGCUCACGUCUGAUUUCAGAUUCUACCAGGGAUAUGGUCUCCCGAUGUGUAAGAGUCAAGCUGAUUAUAUAGAAUUUGUUAAUCUUCUCCCGCCUACUGACUCUCCAGAAGUAUUUGGCCUACAUCCUAAUGCUGACAUCACGUACCAAAUUAACACAGCCAAGGGGAUCCUUGACACAAUCCUGAGCAUGCAGCCCAAGGAGGGAGGAGGCCAGAGGGGAGGGGAGACUCGAGAGGCAGUUGUUUCUCGCUUGGCCAGUGACAUGUUGAUGAAAUUACCUCAUGAGUACAACCAACACGAGAUUCGUGAGUCACUGACCAGAAUGGGGGCUAUUCUUCCGAUGAAUAUCUUUCUCAGACAAGAACUUGAUCGUAUGCUGAAGGUGUUGAAGACUGUUCGACACACGCUCCAAGAUAUGAACCUUGCCAUCGAAGGCACUAUUAUCAUGAGCCCAUCUCUUAAGGACACCUUGGAUGCUAUGUACGAUGCCCGGGUACCAGAAAGGUGGAGAAAGAUCUCAUGGGAAUCAUCAACUCUGGGCUUCUGGUUCACCGAGCUGCUGGAAAGAGACUGUCAGUUCCGGAAGUGGUACCAGCAUGGAAGACCAAAGAGCUUCUGGGUUACGGGCUUCUUCAACCCUCAAGGUUUCCUUACAGCGAUGAGACAGGAAGUGACACGUCAACAUAAGGGGUGGUCCCUGGACUGCGUAAUUCUGCAGAAUCUCGUGACUCGCUUUAAUCGAGAGGACAUUCACGACCCACCACCAGAGGGCGUCUACAUUUAUGGGCUGUUCUUAGAGGGAGCCUCGUGGGACCGGAAGCAAGGGAAACUUGUGGAAUCAAGAGCGAAGGUUCUUUAUGAGCCGAUGCCAGUGAUAUACUUAUACGCAGUGAACACGACAAGUGGGAAGGAUCCGAAUCUGUAUGAAUGUCCUAUAUACAGGAAGCCACAGAGGACAGACGCUACAUACAUCGGUUCCAUAGACUUGGAGACCCUGGAUUACUUGCCCUCUCACUGGACCCUGAGGGGCGUUGCCUUGCUUUGCGACACUAAGUAGAGGAUUCAGUUGAACUCUUCCAGUGGGACAUGGAAACCUGUCUCUUGAGCUUUCUCAUAGUGUAUAAAAAUGCCAUUUUGAACAGAGAGUUAUGUUCUUAGAUGUAAGUUAAUGCUUUUCUAUUUUGUGGAUGCGUAGCCAUUCUUUAAUAAACUAGAUAUGAUGUGGAGUUUUAUUUACAACAGUAACUGUAUGUUAUUAACUAUUGUUUACAAAAAGUAAAUGUUGUUAUUAUGAUUUGCAGAAAAUAUGGACGAUCCUUUUUGGAGAGACCUUCAGGAGAUCCGAUCUCUUAUAGUGGACAAAGGAAGUGGUUUUGUCGUGAUGACAAAUUAUUAAAAUAUUCUGCAGCCUUGUAGAAUAACCGGUAUAAAUGCAACUUGGCUUCCUCAACAAGACUGAAUGGCUAUUCAAGUCCAAACUCCCGAUCUUCACUCUGAGGCCUUUGGUCAAUGCGGAAUGAUGGUUGCUAUUGGCUAUCAAGUUUCCCUUUAAGUGGAGCUACCUCCCUAACUUCUAGAUAAACCAGUAUUGCCGAAGAAUGGGGCCACUGUUGCUUAUAAUGGAUGGACCUGAAACCCUUUUCUUCCUGUCUAAUGCUUCCCACCACUUAGCUAUUCCAUUCAAAUGGUUUCAUCUUAGCCUAUGACUAAAUUGUUCUCGACAAGGUCUUACAGCUGGACCCAAUUGAUGGAGGGUUAUGUGUCCAAUUUGCCCAAGGAAAUCUCAUCUGCCCUUUAGGUAAAGUUUUUCAACUGGAUACAGGUUAUCUUCGUGUCUAGGAGAAAAUGUGGCCUGAUAUCGAUGAAGUUGCUGAAGAACCUCCCAUUUUAAAGAGCCUUUCUAGAAGUAAUA